AAAAAAAGAAUGAGAGAGAGAGAUUGACGAGAAGCUUGGGAAAAUAUUCAGUGGAAAAUCUGUAGAAAUGAUGUAAGAGAAAGCAGAGGCAGGGAUUGGAGUAAGGGGUGUAUAACUGAGACUAUAAAAACUCAGAGAGAAAACUCACCAUCAGAGCUGAGUUUGGGAGAAACUGCACAGAGAGGACUCUAAAGUUAGAAUCUCCUGACUUUUCACAAGAUGCUGGACUGGAGAUUGGCAAGUGCACAUUCUAUCCUGGCUUUGACGUUGAUUCUCUGGAGCUCAGGAAAAGUGCUCUCAGUGGAUGUCACGACAAAGGCCUUUGAUUCUGGACUCACGGGUGUUCAGUCGCCACCCACAGUCAGGGAAGAGAAAUCAGCCACUGAUCUGGCAGCAAAACUCUUACUUCUUGAUGAACUUGUGUCUCUGGAGAAUGAUGUGAUUGAAACAAAGAAGAAAAGAAGCUUCUCUGGUUUUGGUUCUCCCCUGGACAGACUCUCAGCUGGCUCUGUGGAUCACAAAGGUAAACAGAGGAAAGUAGUAGAUAAUCCAAAAAGGCGAUUUGGUAUCCCCGUGGAUCGGAUUGGCAGAAACCGACUUUCAAAUUCCAGAGGCUAACAGAUUGCAAUUACUCAACUUCCUUGGGGGAAAUGUCACAGAAACAAGGAAGAUGCUUCAGUGAAGGUCUUCGUACUCCUUAUUGAUUAAAUUUUUAAGAAAACUUCUGUAAUCCUUUCCAGAGCUUGAACUUCAGUUUAUCAUAUCACAGUAUUGUUAUAGUUUCAAUUAAAUUAUGCAGAUAAUUUCAGUGCAUAGAUAUUUUAAAAAUAUAUAUUUUAAUCAUUCAUAAAUGAUUGCUUGGCCCCAAAACUUAACUUUUCUAAGAAACAAUCAAAAAACACAAUACAGUGAAAUGCUUUCUAUAUUCAUUUACCAUUUACAUAUAUACAGUUGAAGAAUAGUAGCUGAAGAGUGAUUUCCUUCUGUAAAAUUUAGGCAUAAUCCAUUUGUUUAUUAUUGGGAAACGAGGAAAGACAAUGUUGCAUAUUCUCUCUUGAAUACCUUCACUUCUCUCUUAUCCUUUGUCUGUGAGCCUCUUGGGUAAUGAUUGUGAAAUUAGGCUUCUCUUAUAUUCAAAUUUCAAUCAGGUUGAACCAAAUGAAACACAGUCCCAGUUCCAGAAAUAAGAGAAAACAGGUCUCUGAGCAAGACAAAAAUAGCGGUAAUGAAGCCCAUAAACUUUACUCUGCAAAUGAACUGAGAAACAUUGCAGGUGAGAACACACAGACUUGGAAUUAGGAAGUGAAGGAUAUUACUCACUUGCCAAGCUUGGCUAUCUCGCAUCUCAUAACAGCUUUCCAUUUCUCUAAAUUAUAACUUAUAGUUAAUUAUGAGCAGCAAUGGCUGAUUGUGAGGAGAACAACUACACACAGAAGUAACAGAUGAAAGUGUAGAGGAAGUCAAAGAAUCACCAAGUGGGAAACCACCAGAGCAGCUGGGGCCAGUUAGGUUCACCCAACUGUAGCACCGUAUGUUUUAGCGCAUUGCAAUAAGCAGUCCUUUUGAUGUUAAUCACUCAGCCAAGAAUCCAUUUAAUCUGUUUCAUAUACUGUGUUUAAUAAAGCAGUGAAGAAUAUAAUAUAUUUAAGAAUGAUUUCUUUAAAAUGAUUCAAAUUGUUUUUAAUUGGCCUAUCAAAGCAUAAGGUUUGAUAUUCUGGAAAGCUCUGUUCUUGGUAAAAGCUGUGCUGUUGUUGUAAUUUAGGAGCAUAAGCCCAUUGUGUGUUGGAUGUGCUUUCAAAACAUAAAGACAACUUAUUCCUUGGACCAGAGAUUUAGCAGAAGUUAGCAGAAGUUUAAAAAUCCUUUGGAAAUACUUCUUUAAACCCCAGUAAUCACUGUCAAAUGGACCUGAUAUUUUGGGAGUAAGAAGUUUGGCCAGUAGGUUUACUUUAGCCUAAAAGGUAAGAGUGUUAAUGAGAGGUUAUAUUCAUACUAGAAGAAGAGGAGAGAAAUGGGUAGCUGUUGACCUUAAUUAAAAAUGAAUUCAUAUAAGAUCCAAAGAAUAAAUUAACUCAGGCAUAGAAAUGAAUAUGUAUACUUAGAAUACAGAGAGGUUUUGUGACAUAACUUCUUCAUUUGGGGGAAGUUGCUGCUGAAAAUCUUUAAAUUUAAGUUUAGGAAGAAACAGAAAGUGAAUGAUUAAGAGGCCACAGCAAAGAGAAAUGAAUUUUGAGAAAGCUAGCCGAUUCUGUUUUUCAUAAACUUGCAUUCGAAAGUUAGCAGUGGCACAUAGACAAAUAUUCUGCAGGGCCCACUAUUUGGAAGAAUUAUGUAAGUCACCAUUUUCUUGUCCAGCUUUCCAAACUUUCUGAUGAAUUAUAGAAAUAUGUCCUCUUCUUUGGAAGCUCUUCCUUUGCUUUCUCUCCCCUUUGGAUACUUCUUAGCUGCUAAUCCAACUGGAUGCUGCUGCUUCAUGCUCUGACAAGAGGUAUUAAAACCUACUUUAGCUUCAAAAGUUCUCAUGGUAGAGAUUUAAAGUUAAAUGAAACAAAUUGAUUUCCCAUCUUCUUUACAUUCUUAAAUUCAAAACUACACCUAUGGCAUCCAGUGUAAUUAAAGAACUCUCAAUAUAUUCAUGUAUACUCUAUUCUAAUGUGUAAUGCAUUUGUCUCAUCACAUCGAAACAAGACAUCCAUGAAGAAAAGAAGAAAAGUGGUUUCUCCACCUACAACUAUUUUAUUUCACAUUGUUAACUUUUACCACUACUUUAUACAGAGCAGAAAAUAAGUCAGUGGUAUGCUAGUUUAAAAUAGGGCAUUCUUUUAACGUAGCAGCAAAUGAAGGCAUAAUUUCUGUUAAGAACAUGAUGAGUCAUGUCAUCUAUUUGUCCGAUGUACAUUGCUAAAUCCAGCUAUACUUUAUUGAGAAGUCAGCAGCUUGAAGGGACUUUUCAUUUAGUUUCAAAGAAAUAUAUCACCUUUUAUUUCUCUUUGUUCCUGUGUGAACCUUCUGUGGGCAAACUGUGAAGAUAGAUUUCUGAGUUCUGGCAUUAAUUAUAUAACCAGUUUUUUAACAGGGGAUGUUAAUUCCUGGCUAUACACACAAAAAAUAUCUAGCAAUUUCUACAUUUCAUUGACAGAUAUCCUUAGGGAAUUAAACUUUUUAAAGCAAAUUGUUAAAAGAUAACUGAAUGGGUUCUUCUAAAAGGUAGAAGUAUCAAACGCUUCUUUGAAUGGCAUUACCCCUAAAGUUUAAAAAUGCUUGAAUGUUGUUCAACUGCUCCAAAGUUAAUAAACACGAGAUGUUGAAAGCAGGGGUUUUGUCUUUCUUUAUCAUAAUAUGUUUGUGUUCACAACAGAUGUAAAUACACGGGAAUAUUCAGGGGUUACUGAGAGACUAAUAUUUACGUACACUUAAGCAGCUCCUAAUAAGUAUAUUUAAAUCACUACAGGCAUACUACUCAACUUGGUCUGUUUUAUAUAUUUUUAAUAUUUUUUUUUAGUUUAAGCAAUAUUGUCCAUUCUGUCUCAUGAGAUAAUUUUACCUUUAAGCACUACACAACUAACAUCAAGGAGAUAAACUGUGUUUUCCCCAUACUGCAACGGAAGGGAAUACCUGCAGACUCAUCUGGCCAGCUUUUCUAAUCAUGGACAUUCUUUCAUUAUAAAGUUACUUCAACAAUGUUUCUGUGGCAGCACAGGUAGCAAACAAAAGUGAAUUUGGAUUCCCAGCCUUGAAUUGACUGAAUAAAGUUUGUUCAGAUGUAAGCAAGGGUGGUUUGAUGCAUAGAUCUGAAAAAUAAAAAAAAAGAAUCAAGAAAAA